AUGGGAAUUCAAGUCAGUGCCCUCUCUGCCAAUGACGGAGUAGCUUUCUCAAAAACUAAAUCACCUCCAAACUCACAUCCUUCUUCUCCUUUGUCAUCAUCUCCGAAUGGUGCUCUCUUUAUACCUCAAGUGAAUACUAAUUCGAAAAAGACGAAUCCAAACACAACCAAUUCUCCAGUCAUGCUUGGAAAUGCUAAAAGCGGAAUCAUGAUUUCUUCGAAUGAUUUAAAUUCCAAUCCUUCCUUUAACAGUAACAAUUCGUCUAUGUAUGGAAGUAAUAAUUGUGCAUCGUCACUAAAUUCGCCAAACUCAACCAACAACAAUUCUUCACAACAACCACGACGUCGAUACAGUUCUCAACUCUCCACCAAUGGUCUCAAGAUGAUAGAUCCAGAAAAUAUCACCAUGCUCAUGUUAGGGGCCGGUGAAGUUGGAAAAAGUACUCUCUUUCGACAAUUGAAAUUUGUGUGUGAAGGACCAGCUGUCAAAACUCAAUCCAUCAAUGAAAUGGAUCCAACUUAUUACUAUUCCCAGGGUGAAAUCGACGACUACAAGGAGGUUGUUCGAGAAAAUGUCAUGCAGAACGUGAGAUGGCUCCUCGAAGGAUGUGAAGAUUUAGGAAUUCAAAUUGCGAGAGAAGAUUUGAGAGCUCGAGCUCAAGAUUUGGUUUCAAAACUUUCAGAGCAGUCCAUUCAACAUGUCAUUUUCACUCCAGAAAAUGAAAUUAAAAGUGAAAUAGGUCAACUUGUUGAAGAUUUGUGGAAAGAUGAAGGAAUUCAACAAGCUUAUGAAAGAAAAUCUGAAUUUCACAUCUUUGAAACAGCUCCCUACUUUUUUGAAAAUGUUAAAAGGAUAUUCGAUAACAAUUAUACUCCCAUUCUAAAGGAUAUUCUCAUGAUGAGAGAAAAAACUAUUGGAAUUCAGGAAUUGAAAUAUCGAGUCGAAGAUCGUUGUAAUAUGUGUUUGACCGAUAUGGGAGGUCAACGAUUGGAACGAAAAAAGUGGAUUCAUCAGUUCAAUUCUGCCGAUGUCAUUGUGUUUGUUGUCUCGUUAUCGGAAUUUAAUUUGACUUGUUACGAAGAUGGAGAGACGCCUCGUCAUAAGGAAAGUUUUGACAUUUUCCAAGAUUUAAUCCACAAUCCACAUUUCCACAAAAUUCCAUUUGUGGUCUUAUUCAACAAACUUGAUUUACUCGAAUCGAAACUUGCUUCAUCUUCCUUCUCUUCGCACUUUAAAGAUGAAUUUCCUCCCGAAAAAGAUGAAAAGAAUGUCAACGAUUGUGUUCAAUUUUUACAAGACAAAUAUGUCAAUGCUGCCUUGAAGACUCGAAGUGUUCAUGUGCCUAGUGGAAUUAUUCCAACAACUUCUGGAGAGGACGCUCCAGUAUUGAUUCGAGUAUUGAGUGCCAUGGAUGAAGAAAAUGUGAGCUCUGUCUUUAAGGAUGUCACAGAAUUUGCCAUUCGAGAACAUCAUCAACGUUAUUUGACUUGUCUCAUUAAUAAUUGUUCUCAAAAAUAG